AUUAAGUUUAAACAAUUAAAAUAAAUUGAUAAUUAAAAUAGAUUAUUAGAAAAAUCAUGAAGGUCAAAAUUUGACUACGAGUUUGGCUGCCGUCGCAAACGCGACUUUAACUUUUGUUUUCUCCCUGAACCGGCGACGGAGCAACGGAAAAAGGUCUCUCGCACUUCUCCUCCAGUUCUGUGCAAUUCUGAUGGCCUGAGGAUUCAGAUCUCGCCGGAGAAAAUCACCGGAGAUUUUGCUGUUGCUGAUGAGAGUUAUAUACGAAUAGAAUUACACGCGUCGUUAAAUGGAGAAGCGUAUCGAAGAAGUACUCUUCGAGACGCGCCAUCACGCUUCGAGACCUUACUCUUCAAAUUAUCCUCCGCAGCAACAGCCUAAAGAAGGUGGCGGAGGCAGUUUACUUACUUAUCUUCCAUUCCGAGGAAUUACUACUCAACUUAAAGAGAAAUGGAGUGAAUAUAGGCAACCGAGAAGAUUGAGAAGAUUAGUUUCCUUAUUUGUCUCUGGGAGAGGUGAUUAUAUUGCUGUAGCUUCCGGAAAUCAAAUAACAGUUUUGCAAAAGGAUAAUGAGUACCAGGAGCCAGUCGGAAUCUUCACAUGUGGUGAUACUGGCACAUUCACAUGUGGAGCUUGGUCAGAAUCUCAUGAAUUACUUGGAGUUGCUGAUGAUACUGAUACCAUAUAUAUUGUCAAACCAAAUGGUGAAGAAAUGACCAGAAUUACAAAGAGGCAUCUGAAAGUCUCCUUACCUAUUGUUGGUUUAAUCGUGCAGGAUGACGCUUCUGGGAAGAAAUCUUACUUGUGUACCUUCACUAUUAUUGUUUCAGAUGGUUCAUUUCAUAAUAUUGAGAUCUCUAAGGAUCCAAGUGCUUCCAUAUUUUCAAAACAAGCAUUGAACAAUGCAUCGGUGUCAAGACAAUUUCCUGUGGAAAUUUGUUGCUGGGACUAUCAUCCAGAACUUUCUUUAUUUGCAGCAGUCAGCACUGGACCCUGUUCUAUAUCUAUUUGGCGAAGAAAAAAGAGCUUACAGAUGGAGUCGGUGGUUUUUACUGAAUUUGAAGGUUUGUAUUCCAUGUCAAAAGAGUAUCAUGGUCAACUCACAUCUCCAAAAGUGCUAUUCUCGCCAUGUGGAAAAUUUGUCGCUUCCCUGGAUAUGAUGGGAUGCUUAUACACUUUUCUACUUGAUGAAGAAAAAUGUUCUCUCUUAAAACUUUCGGAUGGUAAGAGCUGCAACUCGGAGGCGGCAAGUGAAAUUUCAAGCAGUGGGACAGAUGUUUUGCGAAAUAUUCUGGAUUUUACUUGGUGGUCCAAUGAUGUACUUACAGUAGCAAGAGAAAAUGGCACCAUUAUGAUGGUUGACAUUCAUAGCCAUGUAACUGUAUCAGAGAGCGACGAUGCAUAUUCAGUACCCCUAUUAGAAAGAGCGCAGCAGAACCCAGGGCUGAUUUUUGUUUUAGACAAUGCAUCCGAGGAUAGCUAUAGAUCGUCUGAAACGAAAGGCCUUAUUAAGCGUGUCACAGUAGAGAGACCCAAUCAGUUUGAUUUUUCCAAGCUGAAAUGGAGUUUGGUAUCAUUGAUAAAAAGAUCAGUUCUUGAAAUUUAUGAUAAUCUAAUUAGUACUCGAAGGUAUCAGGCUGCUCUUGACUUUGCUGAUCGUCAUGGAUUUGACAAAGAUGAAGUGAGAAAGUCACAGUGGUUAUCUUCUGCCCAAGGGGUGCAUGAGAUAAACACUAUACUGUCGUCUAUCAAGGACCAAGUUUUCGUACUUUCAGAGUGUGUGGAUAAAGUAGGACCAACGGAAGAUGCAAUGAGGAGUUUACUUUCGUUUGGCCUUCGCUUAACGGACUCUUAUAAAUUUUCCAAGUUGGAUGAUAAUGAGAAUGGGCAGAUUUGGAACUUCCGUUUGGCAAGACUCAAAUUAUUACAGUUCACAGAUAGACUAGAGACAUUUCUUGGGAUAAACAUGGGCAGGUUCUCUGUGCAGGAGUAUAGUAGAUUCCGUGAUUUUCCCAUCAGCAAAGCUGCUUUAGUACUUGCAGAAAGUGGGAAGAUUGGGGCCUUGAACCUUCUAUUUAAGCGUCAUCCUUAUUCUUUGAUCCCUUCUAUGCUGGAUGUUUUAGCUGCUAUACCUGAGACUAUACCAGUUCAAUCCUAUGGACAGCUGCUUCCUGCAAUUUCUUCUCCUUCAAGUAUAGUUCUUAGGGAUGAAGAUUGGGUGGAAUCUGAAAAGAUGGUGAUGCUUAUCAACAAUCUUCAUGGGAAUGAGAGCAGCAUCCAACUUAUGACCGAACCCAUUAUAAUGAAACACAUUGCAUUUCAAUGGCCAUCCGUUUCUGAACUUUCUACUUGGUACAAGAAACGAGCUAGAGAUAUUGAUACCUUAAGUGGCCAGCUAGACAACUGCAUGUGCUUGAUUGACUUGGCAAUUCGUAAAGGAAUCUCUGAAUUGCAGCAAUUCCUUGAGGAUAUUUCGUACUUGCACCAGCUUAUAUACUCUGAUGAAAGUGAAGAUGAAACCAACUUCUCUAUGAGCCUGGUUACCUGGGAACAACUGCCAGAUUAUGAAAAGUUCAAGUUGAUAAUGAUGGGUGUAAAGGAGGAUAAUGUAAUCUCUAGAUUACACAAAAAGGCUAUUCCAUUUAUGCAAAGGAGGUUUCAUUCAGUGAGUAGAGAUGAUGCUACUGCUGGUAAUCUUACAUGUGAUAAGACUGUUGACUCAUUUCUGAUCAGAUGGCUGAAAGAAAUUGCUACACAAAGUAAACUAGACAUGUGCUUAGUAAUAAUUGAAGAGGGCUGCAGGGACAUGGUUAACCAUCAAUUUUUCAAAGAUGAAGUGGAGCUUGUUGAUUGUGCUCUCCAGUGUAUGUAUUUGUGCACUGAUAUAGACAGGUGGAGCACCAUGACCACUAUUUUGUCUAAACUUCCACAAAUAAGAGAUCUUGAAACUGAGGAUAUCAAGCGCAGGCUCAAACUUGCUGAGGGCCAUGUUGAAGCAGGACGACUGUUGACAAAUUAUCAGGUCCCAAAGCCCAUAAGUUUCUUCCUAGACGCGCACUGUGAUGAAAAGGGUGUGAAACAAAUUCUUCGUCUUUUACUAUCAAAAUUUAUUCGAUGGCAACCAGGUCGAACAGAUCAUGAUUGGGCAAACAUGUGGCGUGAUUUGCUAUCUCUUCAAGAAAAGGCAUUCCCAUUUCUAGAUUUGGAGUAUUUGCUGAUUGAGUUCUGCAGGGGAUUGCUUAAAGCAGGAAAAUUUUCAUUAGCAAGAAAUUAUUUGAAAGGUACCAGUUCAGUUGCUUUGGCAACUGAUAAGGCUGAAAAUCUUGUUAUUCAGGCCGCGAGAGAGUAUUUUUUCUCAGCACCUACUCUUGCAUGCUCUGAGAUCUGGAAGGCUAAGGAGUGUCUGAAUAUUUUUCCUAGCAGCAGAAAUGUCAGGGUGGAAGCUGACAUAAUUGAUGCCGUUACUGUUAGACUUCCAAAUCUUGGAGUAAACCUUCUUCCCAUGGCAUUUAGGCAAAUAAAAGAUCCUAUGGAAAUCAUUAAGCUGGCAGUUACAAGUCAAAGUGGAGCUUAUCUAAAUGUUGAUGAACUUAUUGAAAUUGCUAAGCUUCUUGGAUUGAGCUCACAGCAAGACAUAUCAACAGUUCAAGAAGCUAUAGCGAGAGAAGCAGCAUUUGCGGGAGAUGUGCAGCUAGCUUUUGAUCUAUGUCUUGUGUUAGCCAAAAAGGGCCAUGGCUCUAUAUGGGACUUGUGUGCUGCUCUUGCAAGAAGUCAAGCCCUUGAGACUAUGGAUUCAAAAUCGCAAAAGCUGCUUUUAGGUUUUGCUUUGAGCCACUGUGAUGAAGAAUCGAUUGGUGAGCUUCUUCAUGAAUGGAAAGAUGUUGACAUGCAGGACCACUGUGAAACUUUGAUUACGUUGACUGGAAGAGAGCCUUCAGAGUUCUCAGAACAGAGUUCCGCAGGAGAAUUCUCUGGGAGGAUCGAUGUAGGUUCCAAGGACAAGGAACCCCAAUUUGGAAAAGUUAAAAGUUUACUUUCUUUGGUUGCCCAAACUCUUUCCUCACCAAAUGAAUAUGACUGGGAAUCCCUUAAGGAGAACGGGAAAGUGGUUUCGUUUGCUGCCUCUCACCUCCCAUGGUUGCUGAAAUUGAGUGAAGAUGCAGAAUUUGGGAAAAUGCUUUCUUCGGACUCGGUGUCCACAAUCCAACGUGUUAGUGUAAGAACUAGAGCAGUGAUGGCUAUUUUAACAUGGUUGACAAGGAGUGGCUUUGCCCCAAGAGAUGAUAUUAUUGCCUCUCUGGCUAAAUCAAUUAUAGAACCACCUGUUUCUGAUGGUGAGGACGUUAUAGGUUGUUCUAUUCUGUUAAAUCUUAUAGACGCCGUUCACGGAGCGGAAAUAAUUGAAGAACAGCUGAAAAUAAGAGAAAACUACAGAGAAUUUUCUAGUCUCAUGAAUGUGGGGAUGAUAUAUAGUUUGUUGCACAGUCAUGGCAUUCAAUGUGCGAAUCCUGCUGAAAGGAGGGAGCUGCUGCUGAACAAGCUUCAAGAGAAAAACAAACUACUCAGUUCAGAUGAAUGCAAUAAAGUACAUGAAGCCCAAUCUACAUUUUGGAAUGAGUGGAAAGUCAAAUUAGAACAACAGAAGACUGUAGCAGAUAAAUCGAGGGUAUUGGAGAAAUUAAUUCCUGGAGUGGAAAUCUCUCGGUUUUUUUCAGGAGAUGUGGAGUAUAUAGAAAGUGUUCUAUUUUCUCUUAUCGAAUCAGUUAAAAUGGAUAAGAAGUACAUCCUGAAAGAUGCUCUCAUCGUAGCCCAUACCUAUGGCCUGGAUCAUAGCACGGUGCUUCUGUAUUACCUGAGUACUAUACUUGUUUCUGAGGUAUGGAGUGUUGAUGAUAUCAUGGAGGAAGUUUCAGAUUUUAAGGAAGAAAUACUUGCUUGUGCUGAAGAAGUCAUUAAAUCCAUUUCUUUGUCUGUUUACCCUGCAAUUGAUGGUUAUGAUAAGCAGAGACUUGCAUUUCUUUAUCAUCUACUCUCUGACUGCUAUACGCACCAUGAAGAAUCGAAACAGUUACCACUUGCAAUUGACCAACAUUUAGUGCAACCAAGAACCGUUGGACUAGCUCAGUUUUGCAAAAUUGUUGGGCAAGAAUGCAGCAGGGUCUCCUUUAUAAAGGGCCUAAAUUUUAAAAACAUUGCUGGGUUACAGGAUCUAAAUUUUGGUUCCUUCAACGAUGAAGUAUGUGCUCAAAUAAAUGAAGAUAAUGUUGAGCCAUUAGCAAAAAUGGUUCAGAACCUUGUUCUUAUCUAUGGUGAUACUGCACGUGAGGAUCUUUUAUCAUGGAAAUACGUAUAUACACAUUAUGUGGUGAGCUCUUUGAUCAAUUUAGAAGAUAAAGCUGAAAGAGAAACUCAUUUUCAAAGUUCUGAAGACAUUUACGCCUUCAUAGAUGAGAUAGAGCAGAUGUAUGGUAUCUGCAAAAAGCACAUUGGAUUCAUGGAAUAUCAAGGUGUUUUGGACAUCGUGCUGCGAUUUUUCACUAUCAUCUUACCCAUCCAUAAAAAUCUGAGGAACUUACCCGGUGAUUUAACUGGGAAAGAGUGCCUUGUGAAACUUAUAAGCUUCUGGCUCAGGUUGAUGAAUGAUACUGAGGAUCUGUUUUUGCUGGAUUCGUCGAGUGAAAGGUUCUAUUCUGAAUGUUCAAUUACAUGUCUCAGAGUUUUCUUGGAUUUGCUUCUCAAGGAGAUAGUAUCACCUAAUCAGGGUUGGGGCACCGUUGUUAAGUACGUGUCCGGUGGUUUUAAGUGCAGUGUUGCAAUCGAAACUUUCAAUUUUUGCAGAGCAAUGAUUUUUAGUGGCUGUGGAUUUGAAGCCAUAUCUCAUGUAUUUUCCAACAUUUUAGCACAGUUCCCACCUGGAUCAUUUUUCAUCACAACCGAUUUGGAACUUUCUGUAAACAUUCAAGAUCUUCCAAACCUGUAUCUGAGCAUACUGGAAACUGUUCUACAAGAAAUAGCUCGUGGGUCCGCCGAACGCCAGAGUUUACACUACUUGCUAUCGUCUCUAAGUAAACUUGAAGGUGACUGUGAGGAGCACCUGAAGAAAGUAAGGCUCGUUGUUUGGAAUAGAAUGUCUACUUUCUCUGACAAUUUGCAGCUGCCAAGCCAUCUUCGUGUCUACGCCUUGGAGCUCAUGCAAUUUAUUUCUGGUAGAAAGAGAAAUUUGAAGGUUUUUUCUUCUGAGGGACCCACAUACCUUCUGCCAUGGGAAGCCUGGGAUGAUUUGCAGGAUAGAACUAUUGAUCACGAAAAUACAUCCGACGACCCAACUGUUGUAAAAGAUUCAUCGAGUAGGUUUUCGAGUACACUUGUGGCUCUUAAAUCAUCACAGCUGCUUUUAUCCAUUUCCCCUGGCCUUGAAAUCACACCAGAGGAUAUACUUUCUGUGGAUUCUGCAGUUUCCUGCUUUCUAAGGGUAUCGGAAUCGGCCACCACUCCAUUCCACAUCAGCUCUUUGCUGGCUGUAUUGGCUGAGUGGGAAGGACUCUUUACCGCCAGAGUAGAUGACGGUGAUUCUGCGGAGGCACCUGAUGCUGUGAAUAACUGGAGCAGUGAUGACUGGGACGAGGGCUGGGAGAGCUUCCAAGAAGAAUCAUCAAUUGAGAAAGAAACAAAAGAAAGUAAUAAUAAUACCCUUUCGAUUCAUCCCCUGCAUAUUUGUUGGAUGACAGUACUCAAGAAAAUGGUAAAAUUCUCCAGCCAAACGGACAUACUGAAAUUACUGGACCAAAAUGCUGGCAAAAACUGUGGGGUAUUACUCGAUGACAAUGAUACUCGAAUUCUGACUCAAAAUGCACUUGAGAUGGAUUGCUUUUUAGCUCUUAAGAUGACAUUAUUGCUCCCGUAUGAGGCAAUACAGCUGCAAUGCUUAGAUGCGGUUGAGAACAAGCUCAAGGAAGGAGGCAUAUCAGAGGACAUUGCUCAUGACCAUUUCUUUUUUGUUCUCGUUUUAUCGUCUGGGAUUUUACCAAAUAUUAUUACGGAAGCUUCUUAUGGCACCACGUUUUCUUACCUGUGCUUUAUGGUGGGUAACUUUUGUCGUCAGUUUCAAGAGGCACGUGCAUCGACAAUUAAACAUGGGCCCUCCAUUGGAGGUGAGAGAAAUGAAGACAAGCUCGAUUUCCUCUUUGUGAAACUUGUGUUUCCGUGUUUUAUAGCGGAGCUUGUGAAGGCGAAUCAGCACAUUUCAGCUGGAUUUCUGGUCACGAAAUUCAUGCAUAUGAAUGCUUCGCUUAGUUUGAUCAAUAUUGCAGAGUCAACUCUUCGAAAAUAUUUGGAAAGGCAAUUCGAAGAAGUACAAGAAAGAAAGUCGUCGUGGGAGAAUUCGAGCUUUUGUGAACCCCUGGUAAAUACUGUUGCCAAUUUGAGAGGCAAGUUUGAAAAUUUGAUCCAAUCGGCACUCUCGUCGCUGCCAACUGAUGUUAGAUAACUAGUGCACUUUUCGCCUUCACACAUCUCUUGUAUACUUGCUGUACUUUUCUAUCAGCUGGAAAAAUUGUGUUGUGUUUCGUUAAUCUUACAAACCGUUGGUUUAUACAAGGUUAGUUAUAUAUGGACAGUUGGAUUGUUUGUAGAAAUAAAUUCUUUUUUCUUGUAACUUAG